AUAACAACCACAAACUCUCAUCAGUUCCACUUCCAUUCUUACUCAGAUUGGAAGCUAUGGAUCAAGUUAAGUCCCUCAAAAUAAAAUCUUUAAUACAAAGCACAAAACUCCAUGACCAUGUAAUCAAGCUUAUCCAAUUGUUAGUCUCAUUGUCUGUGUUUUCUUUCUUCAUUUCUCCAUCUUCCUUGCUUGCUUUCCUCUACCGCUUCAACCUCUACUUCUCCACAUUUUCUUUGCAACUAUUUACUCACACCAUAGACAAGAACUGCAUGUUUCUACUAUGCAACGGCCUCCUUGUGUUUGUUGGCAUAACAAAAUCUUUGUCUGGGUCUACCACUAUUUCUGAUAAGUAUGUUGAAGGUGGAUCACGAUCUUCGUACUCCGAUGUUGAGGCUAAUGAGCCAAUAAUGUUGGUGCAGAAAGCUCAUCAUGAACCGGAAGAACAGAAGACAGAAGCAGAACAUGCAAUAGAAAUCAAGUUUUCUGUUGAAGAAGGUGAACAAAACAUAGUUUUGGAAGGUGAAGAAGAAGGAAAAGAGAAUAUUGAAUCAGCUUUGAAGGAAGAGGAGGAACCAAAUGCAGAAACUGGAGCUGAAGAUGAAGAAAAGGAAUCACAGAUUGGUGAGUUUCUGAUUGGAGAAAGUGUUGAAGAGGAAGAGGCUGUGGAAGAAGAAGAAGCAAAUUGGGUGCUAAGUACUGAGGAGUUGAACAAAAAGUUUGAUGAUUUCAUUAGAAAGAUGAAGGAAGAUUUGAGGAUUGAAGCUCAGAGACAAUUACUCAUGGUUUGAGUUUGAUUAGAAACAAUCAUAUGAUAUUCCUCUUUUACCCCUUAUAUUUUUUGUUUAGGAUUUCUAGGCUUCUAAAUUACUUCUCUAGUGUAAUAGUUUUACUUCGUGCAAAAUUUAGAUCUUCUAGGAUGAAAAGUGCACUAGGGUAACACUAUAGAAUUGUAAUUAUGAAUGAGAAAACAAUGUAAGAUUUUGUAGAAUACAAAGAAAUCAAGCAUAUAUGCUUUGUUUAGUUAUAUUUUUUC